AUGGAACAUGUAUCGCUACUUUAUACUACUCUUCUUUUCGUUCCAAUUGCUUGCUAUUUUGUACAAUACGGAGAAGUAUGUGGAGGCCUACGGCCCGGGAUGAAAGUCAGAUUCGAGGUGUAUCCGUACAGCAAUAUGACUGUUACAUUUCAAGCUCGAGGCAUGAAUUGCAGCCCAGUCCGGACCUAUGCUAUUCAACAUUACAAUGCUCUGUAUUUGUUCAUGGAGGCGGAGCGAGGUUUCAUCGUUUAUGGAUAUGGAAAAGACAUCCAACUGGAAUUCACGAAAACGGUAGAUAUUCCUAAGUGGGAGACUGGGCUGGUUUUUGUUGACAUCCGGGUGACAGAGGUUGGAUAUGAUGUUUAUAUUAACGGCACCAGAUACGCUUCCGCUAAGUAAGUUAUGUAGAUGCAUUGCGAAGAGAAAAGGCAUCUUCUAAGAACCAUGCUCGUUAUUAAUUCUCUUCCAAAAGUUUCAGAUCACCGUAUCAUCACCUUCCAAUCACUUGUGUAGAAAUCACCGGAAGUCAUAUGGAAAUGACGAAUUAUUGGAUUGAAGGAAACGAGGACUGUCCACAACGCGAAGGAGAUCAUCCAGAUCGCAGUCUGUACGUCACAACCACUACCGUUGCCCCAACUACUCUUCCGCCGUAUCCCGAUGAUUUUCCGCCAGAAGGAUGGCCGCAAUGCCAGUUCCCAUAUUGCUACCCUAAAAUGGAAUUUCCAUGUAAGAAAGUCUGCUAUAAUGAGGGGCCGUAUUACUGUCCUCCUCAGUGUUAUUUCAUGCCUGCUAGAGGAUACUACCCACCAUCAGUUUAUCCACCCUGUAAUAUGAGUGGUUUACCUAGUUGUCUGCCAAUUCCUGAUUCGUAAUAAAGUUUUAUUCCAAAGUAAAAACUGAUAACAUUUAUUUUGCUACGAUGUCAAACGCGGAGGUGAUAAAGUUAAUUGAUAAUAUUGCUGCCUAAUAACCGCAUAACCAAUAAUUUUUAUGAGGUUAUUCUAUAACGUCCCUGUUCGUCCACGCUUAUUCCUCACAUGGGCAUGCAGACACAGACCUAAAACCAUGAUUAUUCUGUUUGUCCUACUUUCGUUUAUCUCCGUUACCGCUGCAAUCAUGACUUCCGCAGUAAAUCUAACAAUAUGCGGUGGUCUUAAGCCGGGGAUGAAGAUUCGGAUGAUUGGGAAAAGCAAUGGGGACGACUUUCAUGUUGUUCUGCGUCCUCGUUUUCAGGAUUGUAACGGGUCGAAUCCCAACAACAUCUUCGCCGGCAGCUUCCAUUCAAUUUUGAAGACAAACAAAGAUCGUUUCUGUUAUGGUAAGAACUCAAGGUGUGAUUGGGCCAAAGAUAUGAAGGGCUCGGUGAAGAAAGGAGUGGUCUUUCAAGCAGACAUCGUGGUCACUAAAAAGGGCUACGAAUACUGGCUGAAUGGGUCAAAAGUGAUUGAUUUCCCGUAAGUAAUCUCCAAUUGAACUCUACAGUUUGUUGCUAGACAGUAAAUUUAAAGAAAUGUUUCAGCUCACCUUAUCCUAAGACCAUGCAGAUAAAUUGCGCUCAUCUUGGAAGCAAAGGCGUCGACUACAUGUAUUACUGGGUGGAGGGUAACGAUGGCUGUAAGUUUCGAAAUCAAGACCGUCGGAUGACACAAAUACGUCGACUACGGCUACUUUUGGAUGACAAAAAUACGACAACUACUACGACGACAACAUCAACCCCCAAAACAACCACUACUAAUGUAACGACGACAACUACAGUAACUACUACAACAACUACUACCAUCACUACAACGCCAUUAAACGGGACAACAACUGUAACUACAUUAAUCCCAAAAACUUCAACACUACCCACCACUCCAAUUAAUGGAACAACUCUCAUCACAACGACCGUAACAAGUUAUCCAACAGCCCCAUUUUCUCCCUCCACCUCUCCUCCAGUAGUCCCCUGGAUAAGUUGCAUCCCUCCAAUCUGUUAUCCAUCCCUUAAAUUCCCCUGCCAUCCUUUCUGUUACGUUGAAGGGCCUUUCUACUGUAUCCCGGAAUGUUAUAUCAUUCCUGGCUAUGGCUAUGUUCCUCCGAGGAUCAACCCUCAUUGUGGGCUUGAAGGCUUUCCAUCGUGCCAACCAAUGUAUGGAGGUUCACCGUAUGUAGAGCCACCACCGGGAUACAUCCAGCCACAGUAUCCGUACAGAUACGACACUUGGCCGUGGUUGCCAAGAGAUGGAUCUUGGCCUCCAGUUUUCCCAACUUCGACUUUGCCUCCCUUUCCAACAUCGACUUUACUGGGGUGA